CACAACCCCUUGUUCUCGGAAACAAACCACAAACGUUUCCAUUUAUUUUUUGUAUGUUUUAUUUCUGUAUUUCAGAGCACAAAGUCAUCAUCGUGGGCCUGGAUAAUGCGGGGAAGACGACUAUACUGUAUCAGUUUUCCAUGAAUGAAGUCGUCCACACGUCUCCGACAAUAGGCAGCAACGUGGAGGAGAUCGUGGUGAAUAACACAAGGUUUCUUAUGUGGGACAUCGGUGGUCAGGAAUCUCUCCGCUCUUCUUGGAACACUUAUUAUACAAAUACUGAGUUUGUAAUAGUGGUUGUGGAUAGCACCGAUCGAGAGCGGAUAUCUGUGACCAGAGAGGAGCUGUAUAAAAUGUUAUCUCAUGAGGACCUAAAGAAAGCUGGACUGCUGGUCUUCGCAAAUAAACAAGAUGUGAAGGAGUGCAUGACAGUGGCCGAAAUCUCCCAGUUCUUGAAGCUGACCUCUGUGAAGGAUCAUCAGUGGCACAUACAAGCCUGCUGUGCGCUCACUGGAGAGGGCCUUUGUCAAGGACUGGAGUGGAUGAUGUCAAGACUAAAGUCCAGAUGACCCCCGUGAGCUGUGAAGAGACAUUGGACUUCAGACAUACUGUAUUUAUGAAUCCCUGAACUGCUGCAAACCAAGUAUUUAUGAGCGUCGUGUUCCAGAGGUUUCAUCAACGGGACGACUCCAGAGACUACUUCUCCUGUGUCCUAUGAAAGCUGUGAUCGACCGGACCAUUCUUUUUAGCCUAAACCUCCCCCACCCCCACCUACACUGCCCAUGGAAGGUCAGAGAAGGUGGUUUUUAAAACUUUUUAUAUUCUAGCUUUGAUUCUGAAUAUGGGAGGAAGCUGAUAACAGCGAAUGAAGCAUAGACUGCGCAGUAUUGUAACCAGCGACUCUGUACAUAUCUCUGUAUUUCCCGCGUGUACGCAUGCUCCUAUCCUGUACCACUGUACAGAAGAAUUGCCUUGACGACCGUGAAUAUUGCACAGUACUCACUUGAAUGCUCUAAUAUUUGGCACUUUUUUAUUUUUAGUCUUGAUUUUUAAUGGUACAUUCCUUGGCGUAUGUCGACUUGCAUGUUAUGCUCCCAUCGUUCUUUAUUUGACCCCCCACCCCGCCCCCAUGCUAUUGUCCGGAAAACUUUCUGAAAUAAGUUUGACAUGGUGAUAAUAAAAUAACAUGGGGGGAAGGUU